CAUUUGACACACUGUAUAAAGCACAGGCAAUGUUGGGAAUCUGACAAAGGUAGCUGGAACAGCGAGAAAGCCGACUACACCAGAAGAGUUGCAUUAUAAUGGUUCGCUCCAGUGCUGUGAUGUCGCUGAGUAUUCUGGCUCUCUGCCUGAUGGCUUGUAUUCACUCUGGCAUAAACGCAUACCCAGCCAAGCCGGCCAGUCCUCGGGAAGGCGCACCACCGGAGGAACUUCAAAGAUAUUAUUCUGCCCUAAGACACUACAUCAAUCUCAUUACAAGACAGAGGUACGGGAAAAGAGACACCCCAGAUACUGUAUUUUCAGAUGUGCUGGUGAGGGAGAGCACAGAGAGUAUUCCAGAAUCAAACUAUGUCAGGUAUGAUGGGCUGCCACUGUGGUGAUGCUGCUGGAGCUGUCAUAUCCAGACUGACUUUUCCACAAAGCUGCUGCCACAUCUGUUACUGACAUGGAAUGAACUUGUGCUGCAUGGAAUAAACAUUGUGUAAUGCAA